UUAAGAAUCACGUCAAACACUUUAAUAUUACGUUUCCACCAAAGUGAAACCCUGGGUUUGCAGGUUUUGGGUUUGAGAGAGUUGUCAACUGUUUCGACUGCGUGUUUGAUCAAAAUUGUGUUGAAACUGUCAUUCGUUUGUUUACUUUUCUAUCGCCACGUGCUACAAUUCUUAAAUGGUGCCUAAAAUUAAAAUCGUUAUAUUGAUUUUGUCAUUUUAUUUUAAAAUAAUAGAUAGUGAGGUGACGACAUAUUAUUUAAAAAAGAAGAUAAGAGAAAAUAAAAUGCUUUUGUCUAUUGCUGCCAAUUUACUGGACCCAACAAUAGUGCGUUCACAAAGUGUCUGGUGUUUGGAACAUUCCAGUACCUUUUGGGAAGUAGACUGCCAGAAGAAUGGCUCUAAGUUUUUCAAAGAGAAUUUCCGGAUGAAUAGAUCCAGCUUUGACGAAUUAUGUAGUCUCCUAAAAAAAAUAACCAAAAAGGACACAAAUUAUCGGGAUGCAAUUCCACUAGAAAAGCGCGUUGCAAUUGCUCUUUAUGCAUUAGGAUCUUCUAGUGAAUAUAGGUCAAUUGCACACUUGUUUGGAGUAGGCAAAGCUACUGUUUGCAAAAUAUUUAUUGAGUUUUGCAAUGAAGUUUGGGCAAGUUUGGCGCCAAUUUAUUUAAACAAUUUUCCCCUUAAAAGGUCGCAAAUUGAGCAAGGAGUUGCAGAUUUCAAUGCAAUGGGUUAUCCACAAUGUAUUGGAGCUAUAGAUGGAUGUCAUAUAGAGAUACACCCAAAAAAAGAAGAAGCCAUUGAUUAUCACAACUACAAAGGGUGGUAUUCAGUCGUACUGUUGGCUUUAGUAGACGCAAAAUAUAGAUUCAGUUAUAUCCAUUGCGGCAGCCCAGGAAGGUGCAAUGAUUCCUCAAUUUUUGAAAAGUCGUCUCUAACACGUNUACAAAGGGUGGUAUUCAGUCGUACUGUUGGCUUUAGUAGACGCAAAAUAUAG